AUGCAUCGGACAACCCUUCUCCGUAUAGUGUGCUUGCUAGCACUUUGCUUGACCUCAAAGGGAGCACCAUUAGACACACCCAAUUCUUUUGAAAUAGACGAUCGAGCAGUAAUCAACAUCUACAUCAAUGAUCACGACGAAACAGCCGGCUCACCUGCCGCAUGUGGUCUGCUCGCUUCGAUUCCUGCGGGGCCGAUUCCCACCACUCCAACGCAGUACAUUGCAGAGCCAAUUCCUACCAGUCCCGUUUCAUACACUGCCGAGCCCAUCUCACCUCUGACUGCGGUGGAACUAUUGAGCUCUCCCACCGCAAGUCCGCAAGCACCGCAAGAAACCAAUGUUCUACGUCCAGCAGUCCACUGGGAUGUUGAUCUCAAUGAUCAUGAACACCUUACGGCCUGCAUGUCGAUCGACCUUUUCUACUUGGAGUCUAGAAGCAAGGACAAUGCCCUUCCACAUGAAGAACCCACCGACGUGGCUAUUGGCUUCGUUUCAGUCCCCGAGAUGAACUACCCGUCUGUACAGUUAGAGCAUACAAACUUCGUUUCCUCUAUGACAUGCUCAGGGGAUACCGCAACUAUCAUCCUCAACGACUUGAAAGCCUUCAAUAUUGCGGUGUCCGACUGGUCAAAGCAAACGGCUGGCCUUGUGUUAAUCUCAACCAGCCCUUCUUGUGGCUCUGGACAACCGCAAGAAGCCCCCCGUCAUUACCUCCUCGUUUCUAACCUCGAUCAUGACGACCAUGCGAUGGCAAUAACUGGAAAGAUCAAGCACCUUGACUUCACCGAAGCAGUCGCUCAUGAUACCCCGAUCGAUGUCAAGUUUGGAAAUUUCUCUCUCAGCGGAAAGGAGCCCAUUAAUACCUACAACAUGUCAGCACCCGGUGGUAAUUCAACCGAAGGUUAUCUCGUGCCCCUUACUGGGAAUUCGUCAAAUCAUUUGAUUCAUGAUGAUAGCUUCGAUAGUCGUCUGGACGACGGGAUCGGAAGGAUUAAUCUAAACAAUCUGUCUGAUCUCAAUAAGACGCUUCCUGGCGCGACCAACUUCACCCUUCUUGGCCUCUCCGGUAAUUCUAACACUACAGAUCUGCUUCGUCGAUCGGGUCUCGAGAAACGAUUCCAUUGGCCUAAAAUUAUUACUAGCGUGGGCCACGCCAUUGGAAGCGUGGUCGGGGGUGCCGUUUCAGCGGUUGGACAUGCUAUCGGCGACGUUGUUCAAGCUGCAGGAAGUGUUUUGGAUCAUCUCACGACCAUUUCAAAAGACCUUUCCGGCACAUUUUCCAUGGAUACUUUGAGCAAAGGAAACACCGUCGCCACUCCAUGGGGCCCUCGAGGCUACUCCUUAUACGAAGCGUCGUCUGGCGCGGGCCACCUUGGGGUUUACUGCGUGAGAUGCGGGGCUAGCGGACAACUGGCGCUGAACGGCCACUUCGUAUUCUCCGUCGCUCACGGGUUUGAGGAGGGAACGGUUGCUGUAAAGGGAACUCUUCAAGGUACUCUCCAACUCGGCGUCGACGCCAGCUACAGCACUACGGUUCCGUUAUACGAAAAACGAAUAGUGGACAUGCCUUUGACGUGGCUCACUAUCCCCGGAAUUAUCAGCGUUGGGCCCGAGUUCUACGUCGAUGCAACUUCCUCUUUGACGCUGCAAGCUUCUGGACAGGUGCUAGCUGGAGGAGUUCUCAACUGGCCGGCAAUCGAUGCUGUAGUCGAUGUUAUCAAUCGCGAGAACUCUAAACUAAGUACCCUUGGUAUUCCAGCCCUCCAGCCUGUUCUUGAUGUCAAGGGAUCAGUUAAGGCUGCGGCCGACGCCUCGCUGAAGGUCGCUCUAGCCUUCGGUAUAGAUAUUCUGAAGGGUACCUGGAAGAAACAGGCCGCUCUCAUCGACAAGCCAAGCUUCUCUAUUGCCGCUGGUGUGAGUGGUUCGGCUUCGAUCACGAACGGCGGCGUCAGCUACCAGAUUGGUGAUGCUGCUUGUCCUGGUAUCAGUCUCGAUGUCAGCUUCAAGAACGAACUAUCGGCAGAGGAGAACAUAAUCGGUAAUAAAGUAUUCCCGAUUACCACUUUUCAGAAGGAUCUUUGGAAGAAAUGCUUCCCACUCGGGACUCCCCCAAUUCCUGCUCCAGCGGUGCCACCUUCAUCUGUGCCAGCUCCACUUGUGAACCCGUUUCCUAAGCCUAAGAUACCAAUCUCCCUUGGAGGGAAAUACCACCAGGUGGUUCCGCGCGCAGAAACCCCUCCCGCCGCUCCCACGGCCAACACAACCGACAUCACCCCGAACUCCCAGCUCGUGCAGAUCACCACGCCCGAGAAAAACGUUACUGUCGUGGCUGCUGAUAACGGUAAUAUGUAUGCUGUACACUUUAGUGUUGUGUCUAGCUAUCCAGCACUCACGAGUUCUUCCUACUUUGCAAAAGAUGACGCUGGGAAUUUGAUAUACAGCGAUAGCACUGGGAGAGUGAUUUUCGGGUACGCGGAUACGGUCAGAUCGAUGGGCGUGAGUCGGCUGAGGCUGGGAAGUGUGGAUGCCGUGCCCAAGACUGCUGCGCUAGUUUCCUUCGUCCCAGCUCCGCUUUCCAACACAACCACUGGCGCCCCUCGCUAUCUCACUGUCGUCGACACGUUCGGAAACAUCUACGUCCCGGUCGCGUGCUUGUAUAAUAACACCCAAGACGGAAUGACGUCUGCGAAGCUGUUCUUGUCGAAUGAUACGGUUAGUGGACCGAGGAGGCUGGAGAGUGGGGAUAGUGAGGUCACGGACCAGGUGACGGGCGGUGGAGAUCUCCUCAGCGAACCAGACGUAGACAAUCUCCGCUUGGACCUCCAGAUCGCAUGCCCAUUUACAGAAUGGGGUCUUUGAUAGCCGUUAUUCAAGCUAUCAUGGGAUAAAGAUCCACCUAUUGCUGUUGAAUAAGGGAGUCCAAAGAUGGCUUUUAUGGGGUAUCCAACCAUCAGCGAGGCUAAAUCGGCCAAAUGCAGCGAACCUGCCCCUCGAGAAAUCCCUAGAAUGCCCUGAUUUGGACUAUGAGAAGCAUACUCAGGCGGAAAGCGCUCAAGGACAAUACGGUCAUCUAUUCGCGUCAGCUUACUCCCCCUUCGCAACACCACACAUCUCCAAAAGGCCCCAAACCGCGAGCCUGUCCAUAUAUAAACUCCUCCUGUUCCUCCUCAUUCCUCACCAACACCCACAGAGCAAUCUUCCAACUCUCGGACUCGAACUCUUAAACCAAAUCACAAGCUCCCCCUCUCACCCACCA